CGGAUAUGACUGAUAACUCGCUGCCAGACGCAUUCACACACUGCCUUCACAUGUCCUGGUCUCGCUAAGAAGUCUUCUCCAGCUUGUAACAAUUGCAGAGAUAAUCUACUGAGGCGGUAUGUCGAAACAUACUGCAGUCAUUCUCAAGAUAAAAACUCGCUAGCUCCCUUGGUACAUUAAAAUGUAUGUGUAACUGGCACCCGCCAUAAGGCUAAAACCUUGAUAGUAGUGUCACUUGACCUUCGGCACCACUAGCAUCACUACUUUCUCGUAUCCGAAAGGUAGUAAAUCCAUCUUUCCUUGGUUGACUUAUUACUUGUUAUUUUGUGCAGCACCGUCCUGCAGCAUGAUUUACGAAUAUUGCAAUAGAAGCUAUAAAUUACUGGCUGGCGUACCAUGGCGUGCUGUAAUAUCCAGUGUUACUGGCGCCCAACACUGCAGACGUGCCGUGCCCUCCAACUGUGCCAUGGCCCACACCUCCUCUAAUGUUCAAGCGAGACUACUCGAGAAAGUGCUGUCAAUAGUGGAACACGAAAGGCUUGUCAGUGGCAUAGACGAAACCAAGAAAGUGGUUGAAUUCGUGCAUCCUGAAGAGCUUAAGAAACUCCUACAAUUAGCAAUCCAGAGGGAAGGCCGUUCGCUGGAGGAGAUUGAACAGGUCUUGGAGACGGUGGUGCGCUACAGUGUGAAGACCCAACACCCGUUCUUUUUCAACCAGCUGUAUGGUGGCAUCGACGAGGUGGCUCUGGCUGGAGCAUGGCUGACAGAAGCCCUCAACACCAAUCAACACACAUUCGAAGUGGCUCCAGUGUUCACGCUCGUGGAGCACUACGUCAUCACCCGCCUCGUGGAGCUCUUCGGUUGGCAAGAAGGAGACGGAAUAUUUUCUCCCGGUGGGAGCAUGAGCAAUAUGUACGCCAUGGUGCUGGCCAGGUAUAAGAAAAACCCUGAAGUGAAGAGGCUUGGGAUGUCGGCGAUGAAACCCUUGGUGGCAUUUACUUCUGACCAGAGCCACUACUCCAUCGGGAAGGCGGCAUCCUGGAUUGGCCUGGGUAUGGACAACGUGGUCAAGGUGCAAACCGACAGCUGGGGAAGGAUGAUCCCAGAAGCGUUGAAAGAGGCGGUGGCGGCGGCACGGGCCAGGGGGUGUGAACCGUUUUUCGUGCUGGCUACUUCAGGCACGACUGUGUUCGGUGCCUUUGAUCCCCUGGAUACACUGGCAGAUGUGUGCAGGGACGAGAACUUGUGGCUUCACGUUGACGCAUGCUGGGGAGGCACCGCCAUCAUAUCGAAGAAGCACCGACACUUGUUGCAGGGCAUCCACAGAGCUGACUCGGUGGCUUGGAAUCCUCACAAAAUGCUUGGUGUGCCGCUGCAAUGCUCUCCCUUCUUGAUGCGACACAAGGGGCUGUUGCAUGAGUGUAAUGCUGCGAACGCCACCUAUCUCUUCCAACAAGACAAGUUCUAUGAUGUGAGUUAUGAUACUGGCGACAAGAGCAUUCAGUGUGGCCGAAAGGUGGACGCCUUCAAACUAUACUUCCUUCUAACUUGUCACGGCAUGGACGAAAUGGAGAGGCGGGUGGAUGCUGCCUUCAAAGCUGCAGAAUACUUGGCAACCCAGGUGGCACAGCGGUCCGAGUUUCGCCCCGUGUUGGGGGCCGCACAGGGUACCAAUACUUGCUUUUGGUAUAUUCCCCCAAGCCUCCGCCAGCAGCAAGAGAACGCCGAGUGGUGGCAGAAGGUGGCGAAGGUGGCGCCACGACUGAAGGAACGCCUGGUGCGCGCCGGUUCCUUCCUGGUGGGGUAUCAACCGGUGCCAGAGAAAGGACUAGUCAACUUCUUCCGCAUGGUGAACACUUGUUACCCGGAGCCUCAACUCCGCCACAUGGAUCGUCUGCUGGACGAGAUGGACUCACUUGGUGCAGACCUCUAGGCAACAAUGCACCAUUGCCACUAGUCUGGGAGCUCCACUGCAUAUCCCCCCAAUUCUCUCUCUCUCUCUCUCUCUCUCUCUCUCUCUCUCUCUCUCUCUCUCUCUCUCUCUCUCUCUCUCUCUCUCUCUCUCUCUCUCUCUCUCUCUCUCUCUCUCUCUCUCUCUCUCUCUCUCUCUCUCUCUCUCUCUCUCUCUCUCUCUCCCUCUCUCUCUCUCUCUCUCUCUGAUUACGGUACACUGUUCAGGUUACAGGUUACCCCGAAGAACAAAUCCCGCGCCGCUCCUACUCUUCUGGCAACCCAUAUCAUAAGUGAUCAAAUUGGAGGAGGAGAUCAGUUAUCCCAGUGUGUAACAAGAGGAAUUUGCACAAUAAGUCAUUCCAGACAGGCUACACGCACGUAGUCUACUAGGUGCAAGCAGAUAUAAUAUUGGGUGAGUGUGGAAUAUACGAACAAAUGUUCUCAUGCAACAGCCAGAGACUAAGACGCUGAUUGCCCCGUUGCCCUUUGCCAUUCCAGAGGUAUUAUAGUAUUUAAUUUGUGUUUCGUUCUGCAGUCUUGCAUAUGGAAUCGUGGUUUGUUUUUUAUCGGUCAGUGGUGUGUACAUAUCUCGCACUCGCUUGUUUUUAUUAUUAUUAUUAUUAUUAUUAUUAUUAUUAUUAUUAUUAUUAUUAUUAUUAUUAUUAUUAUUAUUUACUCCCGUGCAUCUGCCUACACAUGCAUGUGAAUUUUCUGUGGCGUUACUAUCUAUGUCAUUAUUAUCCACUUGAUAUUCUUUGUUUACUUAUCAUAUUUGUAGUAAUAGUUCUUCAUAUAGUGUACCUCCUUCGGGAGUCCGUGAUAGUACGGUGUACAUAGUGUAUACUAAUUUUGUUUAUGGGUGGUAAAGUGUAUUUUGUUAAUGAGAGGUGAUGUACAAUGUGGGAAGUACCCCUGUGGUAACGUGUGAUGAUUAAGCGUGCGGUAGAAUACGAUAAUCAGAUGCCAAAAUACUUAACGUUUUGACAUUUGGCAUUUUGUCUGCCAAUUAACACCGCACAGCUAGUUCGAACUUGUGACUGGAGAGGUACCACUGUGGAGGGAUAUACUGGCUGGUGUAGACUAUACUCGUAUUGUUUGUUUCUGAUUCACUACGAUUUAAAUAUUUAUCUUUCACGAAUAUUAGACAUAUAUGUAAAUUUACACCAAAAAUAUAGCGGAUCAGUUGUUUUAAUUUUUAAAUUACAAUUACACUUUUA